AGUGUGAGGUCUGGAGUUAUCCGAACACAGCCGCGGGGGGGCCUCAGACACUCGGACACACCCGCCGGGGGGCACAGACACGGAUACACCCGCGGUGGGGGGCACGGAUACCCUGAGCCGCCAUCAGCUGGGGGCACGGACACCGGGAGACACGUAUUGCGGGAAUUAUGUGCGAGAAUCACUUCGAGAUGCUGCCUGUUCUGGUCGCGAUCCUGGUAUUGGCGCCGGCGAGAGCUCUGGAAGAUACACUGUUGGACACAAGGUGGACGACAUCGGAGUUGGCAUGGGCAGUACAUCCAGAGACUGGGUGGGAGGAAGUAAGUGGAUAUGACAAUGCAUCUAAUCCUAUAAGAACAUAUCAGGUGUGUAAUGUACAGAAGCUAAAUCAGAAUAACUGGCUUCGCACACAGUUCAUCUCUCGUAAAGAUGUUCAACGUGUCUAUGUGGAGCUGAAGUUCACGGUUCGAGACUGUAAUAGCCUACCCAAUAUUCCGGGUUCUUGCAAAGAGACCUUUAAUUUAUUCUACUAUGAGUCUGAUUCAGACUCUGCCUCUGCUGAUAGCCCCUCCUGGAUGGAAAACCCCUAUGUAAAAGUGGACACAAUUGCUCCUGAUGCAAGUUUUUCUCGAAGAGACUCUGCCCGUGUUAACACCAAAGUGCGCAGCUUUGGACCACUUUCCCGUGCUGGGUUUUAUUUAGCAUUCCAAGACUUGGGUGCCUGUGUUUCACUCAUUUCAGUGCGUGUCUUCUACAAGAAAUGUCCACGUACAGUGGCUGGCUUUGCUACCUUCCCAGAGACUUUAACAGGUGCUGAACCAACGUCACUAGUCAUUGCACCUGGUACAUGUGUGCCCAAUGCUCUUGAACUAUCUGUUCCUCUCAAGCUAUACUGUAAUGGAGAUGGGGAGUGGAUGGUUCCUGUAGGAGCCUGCACUUGUGCAGCUGGAUUUGAAGCAGCCAACAAGGACACUCAAUGCAAAGCCUGCAGUCGUGGCACAUACAAAUCGAAGCAGGGAGAAGGUCCCUGUGUUCCCUGUCCCUAUAACAGCAGAACAAGUUCUACUGGAGUCACCAUUUGUGCCUGUCAACAUGGAUAUUACCGAGCUGAUGGCGAGUUAGCUGACACUCCAUGUACCUCUGUGCCUUCUGCACCACGUCAUGUAAUUUCCAGUGUGAACGAAACAUAUGUCAUCCUGGAGUGGUCAGAGCCUGGAGACUUGGGUGGACGAGAGGAUGUUCUGUAUAACGUUAUCUGCAAGAAGUGUUCAGAGCGUGGCUGCUCUCGUUGUGAUGACAAUGUCCAGUUCUGGCCUCGGCAGUUUGGGUUUAUUGAGCGUCGUGUCUCUGUCAGUCAUCUGCAAGCCCACACUAAAUAUAGCUUUGAGAUACAGGCUGUAAAUGGCGUAUCCAGCAAAAGCACCCACGUUCCUAAUUACUACUGUGUCAAUAUAACCACCAACCAAGCAGCUCCUUCAGCUGUACCUAUUGUGCAAUCUCAUGGCAGCUCUGCAAGUUCUCUCACUCUGUCCUGGGCUCCCCCUGAAAGUCCCAAUGGCAUAAUUCUGGAUUAUGAGAUAAAGUACUUUGCGAAGGGAUACAGUGGUGCAGGUAACACAGUGACCAGUCAGCGCACAUCUGUGCGCAUGGAGGGCCUUCUCCCGGACACUGUGUAUGUGGCUCAGGUUCGGGCUCGUACUGUGGCUGGAUAUGGAGCAUAUAGUGAGCCACGAGAGUUCCAGACCGCAGCUGAGGAUGGAGAUCAAAGCAGUCUGAAGGAGCAGGUCCCGAUGGUUGUUGGCUCUGUAACUGCCGGCCUGGUUUUUAUUAUUGCUGUGGUCGUUAUAGUAAUAGUUUGUUUCAGCAGGAAACAGAGAAAUGACCCAGAGUCGGAAUACACAGAAAAACUACAGCAAUACAUGGUUCCUGGUAUGAAACUUUAUAUUGAUCCUUUCACAUAUGAGGAUCCUAAUGAAGCAGUGCGUGAUUUUGCCAAGGAAAUUGAUAUAUCUUGUGUGAAGAUAGAAGAAGUAAUUGGUGCAGGUGAGUUUGGAGAGGUGUGUCGUGGUAGACUGAAGCAAGCUGGACGCCGAGAGCAGCUGGUGGCAAUAAAAACACUAAAGGCGGCAUAUACAGAACAGCAGAGACGUGAUUUCCUGAGUGAGGCGAGCAUCAUGGGUCAGUUUGAUCAUCCGAAUAUCAUCCGACUAGAGGGAGUUGUGACCAGGAGCCGCCCUGUUAUGAUCCUGACCGAAUUUAUGGAAAAUGGAGCCUUAGACUCAUUCCUAAGGAUGAACGAUGGCCAGUUUACAGUUAUUCAGCUAGUAGGGAUUCUUCGGGGUAUUGCAUCUGGAAUGAAGUAUUUGUCAGAAAUGAAUUAUGUUCAUCGUGACCUUGCUGCCCGGAAUAUCCUUGUGAAUAGUAACCUGGUCUGCAAAGUUUCUGAUUUUGGGCUGUCCAGAUUCCUUCAGAAUAACCGUUCGGAUCCAACAUACACCAGUUCAUUGGGAGGAAAGAUUCCUAUUCGUUGGACGGCUCCAGAAGCCAUCUCUUAUCGGAAGUUCACAUCAGCAAGUGAUGUCUGGAGUUACGGCAUUGUCAUGUGGGAAGUGAUGUCAUAUGGCGAGAGGCCAUACUGGGAUAUGUCAAAUCAGGAUGUUAUUAAUGCAGUGGAGCAGGACUAUCGUCUGCCACCCCCAAUGGAUUGUCCCUCUGCUUUGCACCAGCUUAUGCUCGAUUGUUGGCUCCGUGACCGCAACUUAAGGCCUAAAUUCUCCCAGAUUGUUAGUUCGCUGGACAAGUUAAUACGUAAUGCAGCUAGUCUAAAAGUCACUAGUCCGGCACAGGCAGGGGUAUCUCAGCAGCUUUUGGAUCGCACGGUUCCAGAUUACACAACUUUUCCUACUGUGGGUGACUGGUUGGAGGCUAUCAAAAUGGGCCAGUACCAGGAGAACUUUCUGAGUGCUGGCUUUACUUCCUUCCACUUGGUGGCUCAGAUGACAGCUGAGGAUUUGCUCCGUAUCGGGGUGACGUUGGCUGGUCACCAGAAGAAGCUUCUCCACAGUGUCCAAGACAUGAGGCUGCAGAUGAGCCAGACCUUGCCUAUCCAGGUGUAAUACUCCAACACCUGUGGUACACAACUCUUCAUAUUGAAGAAGAAAUACAGACUUUGAGCUCUACAGAGAGCUGUGGGUGUAUAAAAGAGAUCUGGGAGGAAAAAGCCAUGUUAGCUUUGCUCACAGGAACUCUGCUUGCUGAUAACUUUCACUGUGUGACCAUUUGCAACCAUGAACUGGAUGUACA